AUGGCUAGUCCCUAUGAAGUGGCGCUGAGUGAACUGCGAGAACUGGAAUCGGAGCCUUUGUGCCAUAGAACAGCCGCGCGCCUCUUAGUGAACAGUUGCGAAGUCCUCGAGAGCAAGAAUGAGGCAACUGUUCUUACUGACAGUGGUAGAAAAAUCAGGGAUUUCGUCGACUCGUAUGCCGCAAGUCUAGCCAUCUGCGACCUAGAGAGAGGCAAAUUCAACAUUCCUAGAGAAUGUGCCAACUUUCGAGAGCCUGUCCUAAAUCAACUUCCACUUCAGAAUCCAGGCCAGCUACACAACACUUGGGUCAACUAUCGCCAUAAAGCCUUGAGAUUCUGCGAAGCUGCUAGAGCAGAUAACGAGAAAGCUCAACAAAUCCUUCUCUUUGAACGCCUAACGAAGAUCAUGGGCCAAUUCACAGACGACGUUGACAAGCAGUUUGAACAACACAUGAGCGAUUUAGGUACGAGAGCCCAGACAGCUGGUGCUAGCAUUGAUGAGCUUUCUCCGAAGAUCGAUCAUUUGAAGGAUAUGUUGAAAUCUGUAGAGGACUUAUUUCUCGGCCAAGUUACUCAAGGAGUCAAGAAAACUACAGAUCUGGUCAAUUCAGGCACCGAGAAUGCACUUAACCUGCAGAGAAUGCUUGCUGUGAUGUUCAAAGGCGUCAUUGAAGGCCAAGCCGAAGUUGCGGCUACUUUCGAACGAUCGAUGCAGGUUGCCAAUCAACGGGUAGAGUCAGCAAUAGACACAGCCGUGAUUGCGGUGGCACUUGCUACUGAAUCUGCGGUGAAUUUGCAAACCCAACUUGAGUUUUCUCGCCUACAGGCAGUAGAGCUGGAAACUAGACAAAACAGUCUUGAAGAGGGAAUGCAACGGCUUAUUGGCGUAUCGGAAAAUUUAGCCACAGGAUAUGGCGACCAUGUGAACCAUUUACAUCAGAUGCAUAACAAAACGAAUGACAUCCUCGAAACUCUGGAGAAUACGGCUUCUUCGGCAGUUUACGUCAAGCAUUCGGUUCUCCGACAAUCCUCAUCAUCUUGGUGGCCGUACAUAUGGUGUCCGGCAGCAUCGCUUGUGUUGGGAUCGUAUGGACUUCCUCCUUCUGGCACGAGGAACUUAGGUCUGCUCGUAUUAGGCGAAGCCGCAGGUUUUACACUCUCGUUCAUUCAAUCGUAUUCUCCGGACUUUUCAUUCAUAUCAACCAUGGGCCUUCACCCCUUACAAUACGCUUGGGGUCGUACUUCCCUUGCAUCAAACAUUUAUUCUAACACCACCACUUAA